AUGGUUUUGUUCGUAUACAUUAUCGUUAAUGUGAUAUGCCUGACCGUUGCACAGGUUCAUCGAAUAUUAUCAGCUCAUAUAACGAUUAUUCCUAAUUCUUUGUAUGAAGCUGCUUUUGAACGACAUUUUAUAGAUGAGUUAGAUGCUCAAACCGUUCAACAAUGUGCUCAUCAAUGUUUACAAAAUGAUUUUUGUCGAACAGCAAUAUUCUACCAUCAGUUAAGAACAUGUUCAAUGUAUGAAGAAUAUUCAUAUGUUGGAACAACAAAAUCAACACUCAACUCUGUUGCAUCUGUUAUUCAACUUCAGUUGUGUCCAGUUGGUUUUAAUGAACCUGAAUAUAGUUGUUUUAAUGAUGAUCGUUCACCAGUACUCUUUAGUGAAAUGAUACACAAUAUGACUGUAAAACAAAUAUUGCAUAUUUCUUCGUAUUUUCCGUUUAUGAGUACAACCCAGUUAUAUUUACCGAUUCAGAAUGACGAUACAAUUCAAGUAUAUGAUUUAAAUACAUUUUUAUUAACAGAUACACUCAUUCCUAUUCCGUCCAUUUCAUUGUACGGUUUUGAUAUGGAUUCAAGUAAUAAUUUUGUUAUAACGGAUAAAUAUGGUACAGUGUAUUUUGUAAAUAGUAGCUCGUACCUUGUCACACCACUGUCGAUGAACAAUAAUCAGUAUCAAUAUGCAUGUAUUUCCGAUGAUUAUAUUGUUGCUCUUUAUUCAAAAGGGAAUGGAGCUGAUGUAUAUUAUGCAAGUAGUCUUCAAUUUGUUUUCUCCAUCACAACUAAUUAUCAAGUGGCGAAUUGUAUCAUAGUUUAUAAUCGAAUUUUUCAUUCACAAUUCGAUGAGAAUAAUUAUGUUAUUGAUAUCAGUAGCACGGCAUCAGCUUUUCAAGUGUUUAAUUAUACUGCGUGUACUGGUUCUAAUUGGAUUGAUUUAGAUCAUUUUUAUAUUGAUGCAUCGGGAAGAUUUUACGUUCCUUGUGUACUUUCAUCUUAUCUAAUGACAUAUCAAGUAUUUGAUCAAAAUAGUCAGAAUCAUCUGUCACCAUUUGAUAUUGCCCAAUAUCCAUCUAUUCAUGGAAUUGCAGUCAAAUGUUCAAAAUAUAAAUGUAACAUGGCUAUUUACAAUGGAAGUUUAUUAAUAGGCUAUGAAUAUUAA